GGGAAAGCAGCCGAGCAUCGCGCGCCGGCCUCCCGUCUCUUACGGCGCGUGCGCCCUUGGGCACAGGCCGUCGCUCUUGGGGUUGGCGUCCUGCAGAGCUCGGGAGCCUUCGUCGAGCUGCGGUGACAUUGUAGGAAGGAGGCAAAAAAGAGGAGGCGGAGACUCGGCUGGCGGGAGGCGGCGCUACCGAGGGGAAGGAACGCGUGCGCCUCGCUUUGCGCCUCUGGCUUGUGCGAGCAGCUGCAGCGAAGCAGCCCCCUCGAAUCGGCGCGGAGGCUCUGAGGCGCGCUGGCGGUGGCCGCCUGGCUGGCUGGCUGGCAGGAGAGCGCGGAAGCCCGCUGAGUCUCGCCCCCGCUGCUUUCCCUUGCAGCUCCUCUCUCCCGCUUGGCCAGAGGUUGGCAAGGAGCUGCGGACUAUAAAUAGCAGAGGCUACGGAGUCCUUGCGUGCCACAGACUGGAGACGCAGCCAGGCAGGCGGGCGAGCGGCGCCUUCGCGGGAAGGCAGCGCAGUUGGCCUUGUCUGCUGAAUAGAUCUUGCUCACUUUCAACCAGUUCAUUAGCAUCCCUGUUAUCAUCCAUUUCCUCUUCAUCUUCUUCACCAUCAGCCAGAUGCAAUACAAUAUCAGAGAAUUGAUUUCGCUGGCUAGAAGGCCAUCAUCUUGUUUUGACAAGGAAGGAAAACUGAACAUUUGCAGAAUGCUAAGGGAUGGUAAAUGUAUAGAGCCAAGAGAGAGAUGGUGUCGUCUGAAAGGAAAUCUGCUCUUUCUAAUGAAAAAUAAGAAUAAGCAUAUUGUGAGAAGUCACUUGCGUGGACUUGCAAUCAGACAAGGAGACACCGAAUGUUGUGAAGCUGCUGAGUUAGUAAUCCUGGAGCGGUGCUGUGUUGUGGAAUUCAGGAAUAAAGCAGAUGUUUCAGUAGUGCUCAAGUUUCAGAGUGGAGAACCAGAUCUUUACCUUGAAGCUGCAUCAAGGUCUGACUGUGAAUCUUGGGCUGUGGCUCUCGGAGAGGCAAGUUCUGAAGGUCUGCGCAAUAAAAUCGAGCAGCUCCAGAGACUGAUCAUGGAAAUCAAGGAAGAAAGAGCAGCAGAUGAAGUACAUCAGUUCAUUCCAUCAGCACAGGGAGACAAUCUUGCAGAGUCUAAGCUUACAAAUCUUCAGAGGACUGUCAGUGAACCAAAACUUGAAUUCAGUCUUGCAUGUAAAGAUCUAGUGGCUCCAACUCGUGAUCGAAAACUGAAUACAUUUGUGCAGAUCACCGUGGUUCAACCUGGAGAACAGUCUUCAACACGAUAUACAAGCACAGAAAUUGUGGAGGGAACAAGAGACCCACUGUUUCUGACUGGUGUGACGUUCCCCCCGGAUUACCCUAUCUAUGAGGAGACUAAAAUAAAACUAACAGUCUAUGAUGUCAAGGAUAAAUCUCAAGACACGGUCCGCACCAGCAUUCUGGCAGAACAGAAAGAGCCAAGGACAGAUACUGGGCGAAGCUUCCUGGGUUGUACUACAUUUAAAGUAGGUGAUUUAUUGAAAUCAAAGGAGCAGCCACUGACACUCAGCCUGAGGAGUACGGAUGGUGGGAAAACAUUUGGCACUAUAGAUGUCAGCCUUGUGAAGAUGGGGGAGGCAGAGAAUGGGGAGGCAGAUCACAUCACAACAGAUGUGCAGGGACAAAAGUGUGCCUUGGUUUAUGAGUGUACAUCUCCAGAAAACACCAGUAGUAAAGACAAUUUACCUUUAUUAAACGCAGUGUUAAAAAACCCGAUCUGUAAGUUAUAUAGAUUCCCCACUUCUGACAACAAGUGGAUGUGUGUACGAGAACAGAUGUCUGAGAGCACUCUUUCUUUUCAUAUUCCCAAGGAACUCAUCAGCCUGCACAUAAAGGAGGAUAUGAGAAGGAAUCAGGACCUUAAUGAACUCGGGGAACUUGCUCCACAUUGGGACAAUAUGCGGAAAAGUGUUAUUGCACACUGUGAUCAAAUGUUAACUCUCUACCAAAACAUGCUUGCAGAACUUGGGAAGUAUACAGGCUCUUCUUUCAAAUCAAGCUGCAGUAAAGGAGAAAAGACACUAGAAUUUGUUCCAAUCAAUCUACAUCUGCAGAGGAUGUAUGUGCACAGUCCUCGGUUAAAAGAUGCUCUUUAUGAUGUCAUCACAGUAGGAGCCCCUGCGGCACAUUUUCAGGGAUUUAAAAAUGGUGGUCUUCAGAAACUACUAAAUAAAUUUGAGGCAGAAAGGCGAAAUACUGGGUACCAAUGUAUUUACUAUUCACCUGAAAACACAGCCAAGGCAAAAGAAGUUCUUAGUAGCAUCAAUCAUCUGCAGCCUCUCAUAUCAAGCCAUGCAGACCUGCUGCUUAAUUCUGCAAGGCAGCAUUUGCCAGACAGCUUGAAGAAUUCCUUAAAGAUGAUUUCAGAAACGACAGAGUUAUUUGUACAUGCAUUUAAGGACCAGCUGAUCAGAAGUGCCCUUUUAGCUCUAUACACAGCCCGCCCAGGUUGUGUCCUAAAAAAACCAACUGUGCCAAGGAACAAUGCUGAAGAGAGUGGGGACCAGUCGAAUCAGGAGCAUCCAUCCCAAAUCAAGAGACAAGAUUCUAUACCUCACCAUUCAGAAUAUGACGAGGAAGAGUGGGACAGGGUGUGGGCCAAUGUGGGGAAGAGUUUAAACUGCAUUAUUGCAAUGGUGGAUAGACUGCUUGAAAAAGACAACAUGCCCAGCAUCACUACGGAAAAUGGAAAUGACCCUCUACCAGCAGAGCAUGUGGCAUCUCAUCUAAGUGGUGACUGGUAUGAACAACUUUAUCCACUCACAGUUACGCUGAAGGACUGUAUUGGAGAGGUGGUGACUAGGGCAAAGCAAUCAAUGUCUUUUGUUCUGCUUCAGGAGCUUGCAUGUAGCUUGCCACAAUGCUUAAUGCUGACCCUAAGAAGAGAUAUUGUCUUCAGUCAAGCACUUGCUGGAUUGGUCUGUGGGUUUAUAAUCAAAUUGCACUCCAGUUUACGGGAUCAAGGCUUCCUGCAGCAGCUUCAUACAGUCGGGCUAAUUGUUCAGUAUGAAGGACUCCUCAGUACAUAUAGUGAAGAAAUUGGAAUGCUAGAAGACAUGGCUGUGGGAAUAUCAGAUUUACAAAAAGUCAUGUUUAAAAUAACUGAAGCCAAAUCAGAUGACCUCUUGCCUAUUAUAACUGGAAGACGGGGACAUUAUGUAAUAGAAAUCAGGCUCCCAGGAAAGAUGUUUGAGCUGCUUCCACAAGAGAUUAAAGAAGGGAAACUGCUCCAUGUAUAUCCAGUUCUCUUUAAUAUAGGAAUCAACGAACAGCAAACACUCGCGGAGAGGUUUGGAGAUACCUCUUUGCAAGAAACUGUUAACCAGGAAAAUCUGGAGCUGCUGAAAGAGUAUUACAGGCUGUUCACAGAAAAAAUGCCUCCUGAUUGCCUACCACAUUUUCAAGAACAGAAUGACUUAAAAGGAUUACUAGAAAAUCUCCAUCAAAAUAUUCAGGCUAAAAAAAGAAAGAAUGUAGAAAUCAUGUGGCUGGCUGCAACGAUUUGCCGCAAGCUAAAUGGAAUCCGGUUCACCUGUUGUAAAAGUGCCAAAGAUAGGACAUCAAUGUCAGUGACACUGGAACAAUGUUCAAUUUUAAGAGAUGAGCAUCAGCUGCACAAAGACUUUUUUAUCCGAGCACUUGACUGUAUGAGGAGAGAAGGAUGCCGCAUAGAGAAUGUACUGAAGAAUAUCAAAUGCAGAAAGUAUGCUUUCAACAUGAUACAGCUGAUGGCUUUCCCAAAGUACUACCGACCACCAGAGGGAACAUAUGGAAAAGCUGACACCUAAGCUUUAGACACAACACAAAAAAGGCUGUGUGUGCAGGAUCACACACCUGUGCUCAUUAGUUAACACAAGAUUGCUUUGUGUGUCUCACAGAUUGGGUAUACAUGAGAGGAAAAAUACCUAGGACCUGUUCUCCCCCAACUGUACUGUCAAUCAAAAGGAAACAGCAAUAAAAUAUGGUAGAUUGAGUGUUCUGGCAACCAGCUGUUUGUUAAAGAAAAGCCAUAAUAAUAAUAAUAAUAAUAAUAAUAAUAAUAAUAAUAAUAAUAAUAAUAAUGUAGAUUGUAUUUCAUAAGCCCACCAGAAUUAAAGGUUUGCUCACUAGUCAGAUAGAAGGCCAAAUGUUGAGUCAGCAGGGGUCACUCUGAGCCUGGACUUGAAAGUAAAUCCCACUUCUAUACAAAGCAACAUUGAAUUGCCUAAGAUACUGUCUACUGGAUUAAGGGCAAAGCUAAGGUGCUGCUCAGCUGUGGUGCAUAAUAAGACCCAUGAUACGUUUAGAAAAGGAAUAUUGUGACCUUGCAUUAGUAAAUAUUUGCUGCAUUUCUGGAUAAACUUUGCAGUUCCAGGUACAUACAUUGUUAAUGCAACAACAAAAAACUAACUGUAAUAACUGCUUUAAGCCAUGUAAUGUAUUACAGUUGCCUUGGAACCAGGAUCUGGGGUUUUACCUGCCAUUCUCAGUGGUGUUAAGCAACAACCUGUGUAAGCAAUUAUGAAACAAGGAUGGCCACUGGAGUCUGUCCUCUGUGCACUCUGAAAGCACCAGGAGGGAAAGGAGAUUCAACUAGUGGUUAUAAUAAAUGUUUGCAUGUAAAUGACAGUGAUAAUAAUUUAUUAAAAUUGUAACCUGCAGAAUCAAAACAAUCAGGGUAAAGAACCUGCAACCUAUUGCUGUACGGUUAAAGCUAUAUAAAAGGCUAAGGCCAAAGAACAACUCUUCAAUCUGAAAUGUAUCACUUGUGAAUGUUAAUAUGAAACCUAAAGGAGAGUGCCAUUUUCAAAUCAAAUGUAAAUACUACCCCAAUGUAAGUUUUACAUUUGAAUGGAAAGGGCUGGUAAUGGGGGGAGGGGGGAGUAAAUAGAUAAGAACCAUUUAAGAAAAUUAAGAUACGUUGCUAUAUAAUGAUGCUCAGUGAGUUUCAGGCAGAUUGUACUACUGCAUUAAAUCUCUGCAUUUGAAACAAUGAAGUCUUGUAUGUACAUUUCCACUGUUCUACUGGCAAAUAAGAGCAAUGACAGCCUGGGCAGGAAGAUAAGUUUUAAACAGCUGAAAGUACUUCAAUGAAAUGGAUUCGAUCCAGACUUAAUUUAGAUGUGUGUAACUUAAGUCCUGCUAGUUAAGUCCCGCUAAACUCAUUCCCACUAAUUUUAAUAGCUCUAAGCAUGACUAAAUCGUUAUCCAACCCAACGUUCUUACCACAGUCAGAACUUUGCAAAGGCACAAAUAUUGUUGUGAAAAGUGGUAGAGUAUCAACACACAAGCAAUAAACGUUUCAUUUCAGUGGGGUAUAAAUCUGUGUAUUUUCACUAUAAAACAGCUGCAUAUUGAAAGGUGCACUGCUGACCAGUGAAUCUGUAUUGUCAUAAGUAAACUUGUAUAAUGCUUUCAGAAAUGUUUGCUCUGUGAAAACUGCUUUGAGGAUUUGAGAAUAUGGGUUCUCAGAAGCAUUAUCUCUAGCAAUGCUGUGUUAAAAUGCCAUCUGGCAUCCCACUUUUGUUAAUAUUUAUGUGAUUAGUCCCACUGAAUUUAAUAUGUUUCAAAGCAUUCGCUUACUUAAAAUAAUCAUGAAUUAAUUAGGAGUGAAGACAAUUCCUUGUCAAUACAGUAUCUUAUUGCGCAUGUUGAUGUCAUGUAGCAAAGAAACAAACCAAAAUAUAAAGAAUAACUAAAUGUGAACAUUAGAAAAAAAAAUACAGUAUGUCAGUAAGCAUCUGAGAACGUAGUCAUAUUACCUACUGAAAAUUUAGCUUUCUGGAAUAAUUCACACAUGAAGGAAACAUUGUACAGUGGCUGAAUUUUGCUGUAAGAUGUAAAUUAAUCUAAAGCAAUAACAACACAUACUUUAAUCAGAAAUAGAACAUUCUGUCUGAAGUCCACAAAAAAUUAAGUCCAGGAAACCUUUUUUUUUUUUGGCAUGAGAAAUUUUAAUGGCCAAAAGUGUAAUCCCCCAAGGAGGGUCACUACUGUUGGAGUGAGUGGGAGCUAGUAAAGAAUGCUAUUUUCCAUUCAUUUCAGUUUCCUCCCAGAUCUUUAGUACUGAUGAUCAGUACUAAAGAUCUGGGAGGAAACUGAGUGUAGGUGGAGACUAAAACAGCAUCUCUCUCUUGUGACAACUGGGUUUGGUUAACACCUAAACUGCUGCUGUAAGUAAAUCAAAGUCUGGACUGAUUAUUUUUAGAAGUUUCAUCACUGAAGUUUCAGGUAUCUUUCAAAAGAAAGGUAGCAGGUUGGCAGUUUGCCUCUGGAAAAGUAUAAUACUUCAGGGACUUAUUCUUUAAUGCUAAUUUUGUAGAAAAAUAGGAGGAAUUCUGUGAACAGCAGGAAAAAUCAUGAAUGCAGGAAAGUGCCAAAUAUAGUGCAUUUUAACUUAUGCUCCAGAACACAAUGCUACUGAGUUAGCAUAUACAACUGGCUGACAUUUUUAAAUUAUUUAAUACUAUAUAGAGUUUUCUGCAUGCUUAAGACCACUGGUUUCUGGAGUGCUUUACAGCCCUAAUGAAUGUGUGUUUACAGCACUUCCAGUGCCAUUAGACUUUGCUUGACCCUUAUGUAUUAUUUCUUUGGCUAUUUUUUUAAAACCCACAUUAUUCAUCCAAGUGUGCAUUUCCAGUUGCCCAAACAAAAUUUUUAAUAUUUUAGCAUACUUUAAAAGGGAGGAAUGGCACAUAUCCAUAGGUCAGCGGUUGUAGGAAAACAGUGUGCUGUCUUGAGACUAUUUUUAAGGUAAUGAGUUUUUUUCUCUCUGUCUUUUCCCUCUGUGUUUCUUUAAUCUCAUGGCAUAUGAGCCACCUUUCAUUCUAUGCUACCAAAGUCUCUAAGAACCAUGAUCCGUUAUUCUCUGCAUACAAAUGUAGAAUGCAAUUUUGUGAGCUGCCUUGUAGGAAGUUGUCCUAAAAGGCACAGGAGAUUAUAUAUGUGAUUAUGCUGUAAUGUUCUGAGUAAAAUGGAGGCCACCACGAAUGAUCUAUUGUAGGCAUAGGCAACCUUCGGCCCUCCAGAUGUUUUGGACUACAGUUCCCAUCAUCCCUGACCACUGGUCCUGUUAGCUAGGGAUCAUGGGAGUUGUAGGCCAAAACAUCUGGAUGGCUGAAGGUUGCCUGUGCCUGAUCUAUUGCAUCCAAGAAGAGUUUGUUCACAGGUGACACUGCAAUUCCAUGUCCCCCAAAAGACAAUGAUUUGUGUUUCCUGAAACAUCACUCCUGCACAAACCCCAAUCAUUUGAAUGAAGAUUGUGCAAAAGCAGUAAUCAUUUGCAUUACCUUUAAAGCAUUUGCUUCUACUGCGAAACAUUUUGGAUAAAGUCCACAAGUUUUAACUAGGUUUUGGAGCACAGGCCCAAAGUAUAUUUGAUAGCAUUGCCUCUUCUUCAACUGAAUUGGGCAGCAGUCUUUUUUGUUUUUGCUUUUAUGCAUGCAUGUACUGUACUUUCAUUUUUAUCAUUUUGGCUACUGGUUUCAGAACUGCAGGUAUUGUUAUGUGUAAGCCAUAUCCAUUGUAUAUUUUGUGUGUGUGUGUGUGUGUGUGUUUUGUGCAUGUAUUUUUAUUUAAAUAAAUUUGUCUUAUUUUUCAUACAGUUGA